AUAUAUGCAGCAUGACAUGGUAAUCUCCAUAUUCAUAAUUUACAUGUUCUAGGUUUCAUGCAUUUUCAUUUACUAUUUUCCUAAUUAUCUUUAUUACAGAUUAAACUUCCAAUAAAUGCCAAUAACACACAUUGGUAUUUAGCUGUUGUGAAUACAAAAAAAUGUGAGGUUCAAGUUCUAGACUCCUUGUGCUGGAAUUCUGGCAGAGAUGAUCUUGCUAAUACGCUACGAGGAAUACAAUUUCAUUUGGACCUUCUUAAAAGUCAAAAGUUGGUAAGCGACGAUUGGAAAGACGUUGAUCUUACUGAAUGGAAGAUCAUAGAACAAUUACAAAAGGCAAUUCAAAAAGAUAGUUCUUCAUGUGGUUUAUUUAUGGUUAAAUUUAUGGAAUAUUUCACCGGAUGUGCACUAUCCUACCCAAUUACACAGGUAUAUAUCUUUUUUUAAUAAAAAGUAUGUUACUUUUACAAAAAGUACUUUUUAAAUAUACUAAUAAUUGUUCGUGUUGCACAGGAAAUGAUUACUUCUUUUAGGUUUAAGUUAGCCAGCAUACUAUUAUGUUGGAAAACAAACACUGCAGCAAUGACUACAAUCGUUGAAGAAAGUGACGAUGACAGCAAGGGAGAUCCUGAUGAUGUUCAAAUAUUGGAAAGUUUAGAUGAUAUAAAAAAACAAAAACAAAAAUCCCAUUAUAUGUUGAAAAUAAAUACAGAUCACUAAUAUCAAUUCUUUCUAAUAUGACCUUACAUGAGUUAAUAGCUGGACUCUAUAGCUUCAUUAAAUCAAUUAAUUACACCGAGAUUUUAGAGAAAGUAUGGAUCCGAAGUUCAAAACCAUAUCCAAUUAGCUUGUCUCUCAGAAAACUACAAGGAUUGCUAAAGGAUGAUUUACCCAUGGACCGUGAUUGCUUUAAUUUGAUCGUACGGAAGAUUAUGUUGGAUGACAUCCAAACAUCACAAAAAACAAAGCAACUGAUAGCAAAGCAUUAUCUCGACAUGAAAUUUUGGAUGACUACUGAUUUUGGAAGGCACCCAGAUUUUCGUAAAAAGUUAGAUGUGGAGCAACUAGCAAAUUCUGUUCGUAGUUGGCCUGGUAUCAAAUAUAAUGUUUCAACAUGCAAAUCGAUCCAUAUUCCAGUACAAUGCAUUGAUGAAUUCAUUCUAUUCACAUUGGAUCAAGAUACGAGAACAGUGUACAUUUUGGACCCUACUCCUAUUAAUCCAAUGUACCGAUACAACCCACUCGCAAAAUAUGUGAAAAAAAUUAUAUGGAUUUCCGAACAUUUACCGAAAGCAAUGUCAAAAGCAUGCCCUGGGUCUAGAUGGAACGAGGAUAUUCUCUUAUGGCAUCAUAGAAUCCUAGAUGAUAUUCCAGUUUACAACAGGGAACUGUCUGGUUAUCUUGUUCCCCUAUUCAUGUCCACAUGGGAAGACGAAAGACCACAUUUGCCAUUUUUAAAGGACAAUGAAUGUGAAGAUAACAUGCCUGCUGGUGUACUGGACUUCAUCAAUUGUAUUAGGAAAAUCCAAAGUUAAACGGGGAGCUCAAUCGGUGGAAGGUAAUUUGUCAGAGAGAUUUCUUGCAGCCAACAGUUAAUAGACAAUGAGCAGGGAGACGAUGAACAUGUAGAGAUGGAUUUUUUUCCUUUGAGAAAUUAAUAGUAGAUUUUGGUUUCUACUUAAGAUAUCCCUUACAUGUAUGUAGAAAACUUUUGAAGCUUGCCAGGAUAUACAUUUUUGGGGGUUGCCAAUUAUAAGAGAUGACGGAUUGCUUCAAAAUUCGAUGUUUGUGGGUUCAGACAUGACAAUACUGUGGAAAUCACAAAUAGUACAGAAUCGUGUACUCUGUUGAUUAAUAAUUAUUUUAUAGUUUGUUUCUA